UGCCCUCAAACACCGAUCCGAAACUUGAAGUUUUGAGGUCGGACGCGCAUACGCUCCAUGAAAGACUAUAAAACGUGGUUGAUCCAUGUGCUGGAACCUCAUCGCAGGUCGAUCCUCCCUUCACGUCGCUCUUUAUCCGUUCCACAUUCGUCCCCACGUCUUUCUUACGACCACUUGGAGUAUCAUAAUGCAUAGUUUCAUGAAGCGUACCCUGUUCUUCGUGGCUUUGACCACUUUGCUUACCUUCACUUUGGCCUUACCCACUGGCUUCGCGAAUGAACUGUCCGCGCGCGCCAAGAUUGGUGGCAGCAAGCCACCCCCGCCGCCACCAACGAAGGGCGGGAAGAAUCCUCCUCCUCCUCCACCCCCUCCCCCGGUUCAGACUUCUACAACUCCUUCCCCUUGCAAUGGUCAGAAAAACUCCGUUGGGAGCGGCAACUGCAAGACUUGUGUCGCCAUCGCUGGAAACGCCUGUGCAUUCGACCGGGAUUCAUUGCAAUGUGUACCUCGUCCGAACAGCGCACUCACUCCCAACCUUGUAACGAGUGCUGCAGCAUGUGCUACUUUGGAUCAGACCUCAGUUCUUAACCCCAAUCAGAAUGUUCGACAGCAGGCGGAAGCCGAGUUUGCGAGGAUGCAGAACCACAUCUUCAAUGGCGAAACGGACCCCACGUCAGGGAGACAUACUUUCAGUGCUUGGAGAUCGAAGAACAGUGAUGCAGGUCGUUGCGACAGCAAUACCAAUCUCUGUGCUUUCAGACUGAAUAAUAAGACUCCAAAGACUGUCUGGGAUGACAGGAACGGACUGUAUACUGUACAGGACAUCAAGGACAUGUGCAUCACUGCCAUCACACUUAACAUCCAGCAGAACCAGAUGAGAUCUUCCAAGUCAUUCGCUGUACAGACGAAGUUCGGCAAAUCGAUCUGUGUUCAACACCUCGUUACGAAGGACAACACACCGUCAUGUUUCCCUCUUGGAAUCCACACUGCUCCUCCUACGCUUGGUUCUCCUUGCUCCGAUACGGGAAGCAAUGCGAUUAACGGAGUGACGACGGAAGUGGCUGCUGGUCAAAGCUAAGAGACGUUAUGAUUUACUGUAUCAUUCCCUCAGCCAAAUAAUAUCUGGUUGAGUUACUUCGUUGGAUUAAAGCGAAUCAAAAUGUUGUAGAUGGAUUCAAUGUGCAAUGCUAUGCAUCAGUCAGAAGUACAUGCAUAAUAAGCACAUUGUAAUAAC